ACAAGACCUAGCGAUCAGAUCUUCAACCUGGAAGAUAUAACCUACACAAGGAAAAUCUUGAAGAAAAGGAGCCCUAGAAAACCUAGCAGCCUUCAUCUUCUUCUUCAUCUUCAUGUGGACACAACAAUGGAACCCUAGCACACUACAACAAGAACCUGACCAGCCGUCACCUUCAGCAACGAACCAGCCACACCAAACGACCUUAAACCCAGCAGCCUUCUCCAACCUAACAAACAAAAACCAUAACCCAUCUUCUUCUUCAAUGCAGAAGACAACACAAAGACCUAGCUAAGCAGCCGCCGGCUACCACCACAAACCGCCAGAAAUUAGCAACCUAACCCCAUGUAACCUAAGCAGCAAGACCACAACCCUAAGCCAUCGAGACCUAGACUCUGAACCAAAUGGUUUCCCCUGAUCGACUCCAUUGCCAGAGCAUUCUCCAGCCGUCGAACCACCAGUAGCCGCCCCUGCACUCACAGCAGCAACCAAAAACGACCCCCUCUAUUAUCUUCUUGUUUAUGAAGUUUUGAAUUAGCUAGGAUUUGUGUUCAAUAUCAUCGCUGCACAAUCGCAAUCGAAGUUCGAGUUCCGAAAAUCUGGCGAGGUUCGGUCAUUCUUUCAAUCCGUCGAGGUCGUUCGAGGUUCCAGUUGCGUCGCGUUUUUGUUCGAGUCAUUGUUUGUUAUUCGAGCUUCGAAACAGACUUGCGAAGACUUAAGCUCGUUCAUACACUGUCCAAGGAAUAUUUCGAUGAGAAGUUUGAACAGUUGUUUAAGAUUGUCGACAAAUCAAAUGGAAUGGAUGAUGGCAAUUUUGAUUUGAGUAACUAUUGAUAAUAUGAUAGGAUGAACGACUGUUACGAACAUCUAUCGGAUAUUAAUGCUGUUCAUGAUGCAUUGCAUAAAGUCAUAGAUGAAAAUGCUACACGUGAGGAAGCGACUUUUGAAGGCAAUCAACAUGUUCAAGAACAAGAGGAAGAGGAACGUUCCAGUGUUGAUAGACUGAGCAGAGAUAGAAAUGAUGAACAAUUAUCAACUGAGAAUGUUGGAAGCAAGCAAGGUGCAGAUAAUCAAGUUGUUGACAUUGAAGAACAUAUUGCUCAUGAUGCAUCACAUAAAGUCGCAGAUGAUAAUGCUACACGUGAGAAAGCGGCUCUUGAAGGCGAUGAACAUGUUCAACAACAAGUUGGAGAGGAACAAUCUAGUGUUUAUAGACUGAGUAAAGAUGGAAAUGAUGAAGAGUUAUAAACUGAGAAAGGUGCAGAUGAUCAAGUUGUUGAUACUGAAAAACAUGCACCGAGUUGUGCUUUGGUCAGUGAUAUUGCAAAAGGCAAUUUGUUUAGCGAUGGAAAUAAAGCACCUGUUGGUACUUUAGAACUGACAUCGAGUGAUGUGUCUAGCACUAUUGGGAAAGACAAUCGGUUUGUAGAAGCACUAGCUAUUUGCAAGGAACUUGUAGGUGAAGAUACACAGGAAAUUGUUACUAUGGAAGUUGAAAAUAUUUGUGCUUCAAUUGACACAACUCAAAAACUCUCUGAUAAUGCUAAAUUGAAUGAAGAUAGAGUUGAGAAAAACCUUCCAGAAAAUACUCCAAUGCUCCUCGACAUUGGUGCACAAUUGAAUGAAGCUAGAAUUGUUGAUAUCGACAAAGGCAUGCAACCUGUGGAAACCACAACGGAAGACAAACGUCAAGAAAGACUCAAUGCAGCUCAAAAAGAAUUUGAUAUAGGCGUAUCUGAAGGUAAAGGAAGUGCAUCUGUUGGAAUGCAAACACCAUUUGUGUCUCAAAACUUAGAUCAGAUCUCAUCUGAUGCAUCGCAACUUAUUCCAAAUCCUAAGAGAAGGAAGAUUUCCAGUUCUCCUAUAUGUGACACCAGUGAUAUCCUGAACUUCAAUUUAUGUUCAUUUUUGUUGGGUAGUACACAAGGGAGUGGUUCAGAAGGUAAUUCUGCCGCUGUUGUUGUUGGUGAAGAGAGACAAGAACAUCAUGAACAACAAAGAGUUGGUGAAGUAUCCGAAAAUUAUAUAUUGCAGGACAAAAUAAUAAGCAUUUUUAGCAGAUGAACUAAAAAACUUCAGCAUAUUAAAAAUUAUAUGAAAAAUAUUUUACAUA